CCUGCAUUUUCCCGCAAUUCUCAUUUUGAUCCAACUGUUAAAAACGUUCCAAAAUCCGUUGUCUUGGUACUGGUAAUGCUUUACGCCACCGCGGCUCCGCCGCUCUGCUGCAGAGCAUGCAGCCAUGCCACGUACCUCCUCCCCGCCGCCUUUCUCUCCCUCUCUUCCAAUUUUCACAUCCCUCUGAAACAGACAAUGGAUCAUCUCCUCCUCUUCAACAUUCCACCAUUUUCUUCCAUCGUCGUCGUCAGGAGGAAUCAUGAGGCCGGAGAGUUUGAUAGCCUCGGCGGCGAUCAAUUUCGGAGUCGCCUUCAUCAUCCUCUUCCUCUUCUCCAUCCUCAAGAAGCAGCCUUCCAAUGCCCUCAUCUACUACGCCCGCCCUCUCUCCGCCUCUGGUACCGGCCGCUCCGCUGCCCCUUCUUUCCCGCCCCUUUCCCUCGCUCGAUUUCUCCCCUCCGUCGCCUGGAUCCCUAAGGCUUUCCACCUCUCCGAGGACCAGAUACUCCAGAUCCACGGUCUCGACGUCCUCGUUCUCUUCCGUGUCUUCAGAUUCGGCAUCAAUUUCUUCGGGGUUUCCUCCCUCCUCGGGCUGGCCGUGCUCGUUCCAGUGAAUUACGGCGGCGGCGAGGAUGAGGCAUCCAAAAUCCGGCAUUCCAUGGACCCUUUCUCCAUCUCCAAUGUCCCUACUGGUUCCAAUAGGCUAUGGGUGCAUUUCACUUGCUUGUGCUUCAUUUCCCUCUAUGGAUUAUUCCUACUCUAUAAGUUUUAUGAUCAAGGAAGGAGAUAGUGAUUAGAUGGUUGGGCAGAUGCCAUAGAAAUAGUAAUGUUGCUUCUUCUCCUUGGCUGCAAUUCAGAAAAAGUGGGUGACUUGCUUCCUGCAUCAUUUGAUCUUCAGGAGUACGGUGCGAUCUUGAAUAAAAGGGUGCACCAGCUUCGAAUCUUGAGACCUCGACCAGAUCACUUCACUGUUCUUGUGAGGCGAGUUCCUAAUUGCACCGAACACGGGGCUUAUGGCUGUGCUGUUGAUCACUUCUUCUCCAAGUAUUAUCCUCACAGCUACCAUUCCUGCCAAAUGCUUUAUGAUGCAAAGGAAAUCGGUAAUCUGCAGAAGCAAGCAAAUGACUUAGUAACUAGGAUAGAGAAAUUGAGAAACAAGUCGACAAUCGGUAAAACUGGGAAAGAUAGCUUGCUUUUGGACGUCUCACAAGAACAUGAGACUUUAACGCAGCACAAUGAAAAGCUUCAAAAACUACUCCACAAGAUUCGUAAAUUAAAAACUAAAGAUGCGCUGAGUGGUAAGGAGUUACCCACCGGCUUUGCGACAUUCAAGUAUCGCAGGAGUGCUGCAUUGGCUGCCCAGUCUCAGCAGCACUCACAUCCAUUACUAUGGAUCACUGAGAAGGCUCCUGAACCAAGGAACGUUUCAUGGAGAAGUCUGGCCAUUCCACUCCGGAUGUUACCGCUUAUCAAAAUUGCAGUGGUUAUUUUGGCAACACUGCUCACCCUUUUCUUUGCAGUCAUAGUCACAGGUGUUCAAGGAAUAGCCAAAUUCGAAAAGUUGGAGAAAUGGUUUCCUCCUGCCAUGGCUGUCGGACUGAUCCCAGGAUUAAGCUCCGUUUUGACGGGAUAUCUCCCUAGUGCUGUUCUCAAAGGAUGUGAAUACCUUGUCCCAUUCGCAAUGCUUGCCAUGGCUAAAAUGGGUGGAUCUGUCUCAAAGAGCAAGGAGGAGAUAAAAGCUUGCAACAUGGUCUUCUAUUUUCUAGUGGGGAAUGUGUUCUUCUUGAGCUUAAUAUCAGGGUCCUUGCUUGAUGAGAUUGGAGAGUCAUUCACUCAUCCUAGCAAUUUCCCUAGUCACCUUGCAAGUGCUGUUUCUGCCCAGGCGGAUUUUUUUGUGACAUACAUCUUAACCGACGGGCUGUCUGGAUUUUCAUUCGAGAUUCUUCAGCCUGCAUUGCUGACAUGGGAUGCAAUAGUUUUGCACACAUGUGGCAGAGGGGAGGGGCAGGAUCCCUAUCUCUUUUCGAUACCUUAUUUCAGAGUCAUCCCUUCAGUCUCCCUUUCCAUAUUGAUUGGUAUGGUUUAUGCUGUCAUCGCUCCGCUGCUGCUUCCGUUCCUUGUGGGCUACUUCUGUCUUGGCUAUAUUGUGUACAUGAAUCAGAUUGAAGAUGUGUACGAGACUACCUACGAGACAUGUGGGCAGUUCUGGCCAUACAUUCAUCACUACAUAGUGGUUGGGAUCAGUUUGAUGCAAGUUACUAUGAUUGGUCUCUUUGGUCUGAAAUCCAAACCUGCAGCUUCAAUAGCCACAGUUCCGCUCUUGGUGCUUACUUUAGUGUUCAAUGAGUACUGCAAGAUACGUUUUCUUCCCAGCUUUCGAAAUAAUCCUAUCCAGGAAGCGGCUGAACUUGAUGAGGAAGACCAAAAGAAUGGAGAGAUCGAAAUCAACUGCCAGAAUGCCAGCACCGCCUACGUGCAACCAAGUUUACGGAGAGUGAACCUCAUGAAACCAAAAGCGAAUUUAACAGAGCCGUUAAUUGCCUCCGUGUGAUGAUAUCUACUGAAUUACAGUCUCUGCAAUUCUCAAAAGUAUAGUUCAUGUAUUACAUACCCCUUCUUUACACAACCGAGCUAUUGUAUGUAGAUUUUAGUGAUGUUUAUGGAGUGCAUACAAAAAUGUAUGCGGCAGCUUUUCUUUGUACCAUUUUCCGCAUUGCUCUUAAGGUUCAGUUGAACAUGAAGGUGAAGAAGAUUAUCUCCCUGAUAGAAGGUUAGUAACAAACAAUAUUACAAUUUACCAAGUAUGAAAAGAGGUGAUACUUGCGACCUUGUAUGUCAAUAUCGAUG